AAAAAUAAUUGGUAUACAGUUUUGGGGCAGGCUUGUGUAUUUUUUUUUUCCUCGGCUUGUUUUCAUUCGGAGUGAGGGAUCGUCGGAGUUGACCAAACAAAUGUGUGCCGUGGAGUCACGAAUCGGUGCAUCACAGUUCAGGUGGAUCUAGAUGAUGGACACGGAGAAGAGAAUCCAAAGGAGUACGCGCGGACUACACGAUCAGAUUUCACCGCUACAUUUCACGAAUCAGUAACAUCUACACAUUUCCUCAGACUCGUAUGACAACAGCGGGCGAUCACUGGCCGGUGGUUGUCCUACCGCAGGACAGUGAGUGUCUGGUGCCGAGUUUGAUUCGCUACCUUACUGCGAAGUUGCUGUCGCGCUUACCUGUUUAUAUGAGUUUUGAAUGCGUAAUGAGGUUUACAUUGGCGAGACCACUUGUUGAAAUCUCACAAAACUAAGUUCAGUGUUGUAGAAAAUACGAUUGAUUGAAUUGACCAUAUAAGUGGGCCGUUUAAAGAGUCGGCCGACUGUUUGUUGUCAUUUAUAGUUCGUUUGUGAUCAAUCGGUUGUGAUAUUUCGAUCGUGUCAUAUCGCUCAUUAGCUGGUUAGCUGUCACGCCUGACUUUAUCCUGUAACUGACCGAGCAAUAUCAAUCAAUUACACGCAUUUAGACAGUUAUAUCACCAGCUGUCUAUCUUAAUUCGUAAAUAAUGGUAGGCACUUAAAUAUGUAUGCGCAAUAACAACAAUAUACAUAAUAAGUGUUCUCGUCAGAAUCCAAAGUAUUUAGCUCGCUAGCUAGAGUCGUUACUAUAAAUCCAAGUUAAUAUUUAAGCUUUUCUGGUUGGCAUUGCACAGUAUUCCACAUUUUUCCCCACGAUACCAAGCAAGAGCUGGUUUAGUGAUGCCAAAGAAAACAGUCAUAAACACUUGAAUAUUUAGCGAUGUCCAGUUUCCUGACAAACUUUGAGCAAAUUCUGCUCAUCGCCUUUAUACAAAUAUUGGCGUUAUAAGUAUAAAGAAUUCGUAUAUAUUCUCGUUACUUUGCACUUAAGCUGAAUUAAGUCCAUUAAGUCGUUAACAAUACGGUUUCAUCGCGUUUUCCAGCUCAUUAAUGGUGGCAAAUCUCAUGUCAUUAAAGCCACCUCGUCAAACCUCUCUAAAGCAUCUGGACUGCACUCUUACACGCUUUUCAGGCAUGAAAGGACCAAUUAAACACAUUUGACUUCUCUAUCGACAACAUUCAACCGUUAGUUCCCUGCGAAGUUGAUCUCGAAACUCUGCGGCCCAACCAUGUCUGGAUCCCCGGGCUCGAGUGGCUCCAACCCGCGGAAGUUCAGCGAGAAGAUCGCGCUGCACAACCAGAAACAGGCGGAGGAGACGCGGGCCUUCGAUCAGCUCAUGACAGACCUCACCGUCUCAAGGGUGCAGUUCCAGAAGAUCCAGCAGCUCCGUCUGUCACAGAACCGGGCACAGUACUAUGGUGGCUCGCUGCCCAACGUCAACCAAAUAGGCAAUGCAAGCACUGAUUUCCAGGGGACUUUUCCCUCCGGACUGGACUCUGUGCGAGGGACCAGACACCAUGGUCUGGUGGAGAGGGUUCAUCGAGACCGCAAUCGGAUCAACUCACCGCACUGCAGGCCCAUCGACAAGCACGGGCGGCAGGCUGAGAGCUCUCCAUAUGGAACGAUGUACCUUUCUCCUCCCUCUGACAACAGCUGGAGAAGGGAGCAACCGCCAUGGACCGAAGAGAAACGCCCUGGAUUUAGAUUAAUAUCACAGCUUAACAGAACAAACUCUGACUCAGCUCUGCACACCAGUGCCAUGAGCCCAAACCCACAGGAUCCUUUUGGCAGGAACCAGCAGAUGGGCAGAGGACCUCCUCAGCGAAACGCCAGCAUGAAUGAAGCAGAGGUGGACAAUUCUGGAGAUGUGUUCUCAUUUCAUUCUGUCCCUAAUGAGGAGAAUCUGCUCGGAGUGAAUAAGCCACUGCCAAAACAAUUAUGGGAGGCCAAAAAGGUAGACUUGGCCGGCCUGCACGCAGUGACUCAUAAAGCCAUUAUUGGUUUCAUUAAGGUGGUUCAAGAAGCACUUUUAACCCCUGAAGCUGAUUAUGUCAUGUUUGCUGUCCUCGUAGGGCUGUCAUCCUCUCUAAGCAACCCUUCCAUCCAGGCGUCCCUCACCAACUCUCAGCUACACUCAUCUCUCAGCAAUCCAUCAAUCCACACAUCUCUGCGUCUCUCCUCGCUGUCCAACCCUCCUCCGACGGGCCUGGCGAGUUCACCCAGGAGAAGGCCGGCCCCCAUUAGUCCCCUGACACUCUCUCCAGGGGGCGAUCAGAGGCGAAGCCUGGGCAAGCAGCUCUCCCCGACAAUGUCGCCCUCUCUCUCUCCGAUCACACAGGGUGUUGCCUUGGACACCAGCAACUUGCCGAUGGAGCCGCCCCCUCCCUACCCCCUUUACCAGCAAACCCAGCAGCCCCUGCAGCAGCAUCAGCAGCAGCAACCUCCUCCCCAGUCCCAUCCGUCUAUUCAGCAGAGCUCUCAGCAUCCAGCGGUGCAGCAACGACCAACAGGUGGCCAACAGCAGCACCAGCAGCACCAGCCUGUGUCCCCACUGCAGAGCGUCCCGCUCGACUUUAAUUCCAGUGCUCACAACAGCAUGGGGGCAUUUUUUAAUGAUCCCUUUAUGGAGCUGCAGUUUUCUGGACGUCAGUCCAAGUGUUCGUCCUAUCAGCAGGAUCAGUAUAAUAUGUUGGAGAAUGUCAUGAGCUCUGUGGCAGGAGGGUUUGACCCUUCCUCCAACCUCUACUACUCCCAGGCUGCCCUCAUGGGCUUGGGUGGUAGCCAUGGCAACCUGCAAGACCACCUUCAGAUGAGGCCCAAUAUGCUCUACUCUAAUUGUGGAGGAGGAGUGCCGAACAUCAUCCUUACAGACGACUCUAAUCCCAGCCUCUCUAAGGACAUCAGCAGUGUGUUGUCUGCAGUGCCAGAGUGUUUUGACUCAGAGGGAAUUUUUCCACUGGAGGAUGAACUACGUAUUGAGCCGCUCAGUUUGGAUGGACUGAGCAUGCUCAGUGACCCCGAUAUGGUCCUCCCUGACCCCUCAGUAGAGGACAGCUUUCGCAGCGACAGACUUUGAAGAGCCACAUCAUGCAUGUAUACAUUCAUACAAACAAGUCCACGAACGUGACGACUAAAGCACAGAACCUAUAGCACUCAGAUUUCUAUAAACAUAAAAAGAUCUUUACAUUUUCUUAAACACAAAGCGCAUGCAUAAACACUACAUGUUGAUAUAAAGUGAAUCAUCAUGCUCGCAUGAGUCACCCAGACGCCGUCUCUCAGUGGCCGCCAUUGCUCAGCAUGCUCCAUCUGCCUCCCAAGACACCAAUCAUCACUCAACAGAUGUGUGAAACCUAUCUGGAUGCUUCGCACGUGCUUUGACCUGUAAAGACAAUGAAACAAACAAAUAUGCAUGAACACAUGAACCUGCCGUGUAUCUACUCCUUGUGCCGAGUGACAAUCACGACACCGAAGCCAUAGCAAUGCCAAUCCGAUGGCUGAAUCGUGCUAUUGUAUUGCUGGUCUAAUUCAAAGCCAUGCAACCAAAACAAAAUGAAUGUGCUUGUUUUACACAUUGCUUUUGGAUGUUAUCAGUAGGUCACACCAGCUUUCAAUAACAUUUCGGUAGCAGCAAAAGGAUGGGACCAUCCUGAAUGUGGAGACGGUGUGAAGAUGACAAUAUGACGUGUUAUGGAACAGAAGUAGUCCACAGCCGGCCUAAUACCAGCCCAUAUUGAUGCACCAAAUGCUGUGAUAUGAGACACCAGCAGGAUGGGUAGAGCCUUCCCACCUCGCCACACCACCCGAACUCUGUUUCAGUACCAAGACCAGAACAUGUUCGGUGUAAUGAACCGUCUGGCUCGGGCUACUGAGUAGCAGACACAUUUAAACUAACCAACAGUCUCUGGUGUCACUGCCUGAAGUUUAGAACUAAGCUAACCGCAUGAUAAUGCUGUGCGACAGGUUUUUUCAAUCAGCGAAUCAGCAAUCACUUUGCUGGCCCGUAGAUGAGCCAAAGCCACUCAUACACGCUCCAGGCUGUGAAAACUCAGUCCGUCCUUCAGAAUGUGGCCAGUGCCCCUUAUUCAAAUGACAGGAGAUGAGAAUUCAAUGAAUUAUACCUCUCUUCCUGCACAGUGACGUACUAUAAAGAGAGGGGGAGUGUAGAUGAUGUGUAUAGAGCAUUAUUUUGCAUAUUUUUUGUAUAAAAAGAAAAAAACGAUAAAAGAGAGCUUUGCCACAUAUAUAUAUAUGCCUCACAAUUUUCUGACUAGAAUGUAUUUUUGAAACAGAAAAAGGGCAAACUGUUUACAAAGAUACUACGAAUUGUGAGUAGGCGCUGAAAUUUUUAUGAUUUUGGUAUAAAUCUAAAAGAAAAAAAAACAUUUGUAUUUCGCUGAUAUUGAUCCAGUCCAUAGUUAGCGAAUAGAAGCUUUGGCUAUGCAGAACUUUAGCACAGGACUGUCUCAGACGGCAGGAACAAUCUAGACCAUAAAAAGGAACUGUUUUACUUGUAUAUUUACUAUAUCUUUGUGCUUAUUUCAGAUUUUAUACAGACUUGUAAUGCGGCUUCUAAUAUGUCAGUUGUAUUUGUACUUGUUAAUCUGUUCAUGUUCUAUCCAUUUGAACUUUUGUUGUGGACGUCUUCUUUCGUGAACGUUUGUUGUGAAGGUAUUUCUCACUGUUGUUCAGCAUGGGCCCUCUCUCUGCAGCUCUGAUCCUUGUGAGGGGUUUUUACGAGAAAAAAAAAUAACACUUUGGGAUUUUUAAAUGUUUUUAAAAGGUGUGAUUUGUGGACUUGGGACAUAUGUAUCAUUGUUAUUGCUCAUGUUGAAGUUUGCACUGAUCUGAACAAAAUUGAUCUUUUGAUUUUAAGCAGUAGUUUUUAUUUUGGCGAAAAUGUUAUUUGCGAUGACGCAAAGACGUCUGCUUUUUUGAGGGCUCUUGCCUGCUCGGCAUGUUAUGCAUGUGAAGACUUUGAAAUGAAUGCAGUAUAUUUUGUGAAUGAUUAGAUUCAAAUGACCAAAUAUUCUGAGAUGAAGAAAGAUGUCUAAAUAUAGUUCAGGAAUGUAAUUUUUUUUCACCAUAUCGUGAGUCAUUUUAUGCCCAUCUCUUGCCUCUUGACUGCCAGAUCUGGGCAAAAUGUUCCCAGAGAAACGGUUAUAACCAAAAUCCAGAAAUCCAAAACACACAUUUCUAUCUGUGUUGUCAUCUGUGUAGCUUUCUAUUCCACUUCCACAGGUUGGUAAUAGAAAGCAAAAACAACAUUAUCUGUGUGCCAUGUCCACAAUUUUUUUGUUUUUGCUAUGUAUUUUUGCAUUCAUCCAGGUCAUUACAGAGUUUUGAGUUCAAAACCAUCUUGUUGGUCAAAUUAAUCAAGACGCUUUUACUAAAAUUUUUCCUCUUUUUGUUGUGCAUUGUUCAUUGUGGUCCAAGUAGGCGAGAAGAGAGAAUGAUUGACACAAGCAGAGACUUAAGGUGUGGUGACAUUAGCGACAUUUCGUGGGUAAAAAAGGUUCAUUGUCUAUUGUAAAUGGUGGAGCGAAGCACAGAAGUCACUUUCAAACCAGUUUUCUGUUGGUCAGUGUGGCGAAUCUGUAUGACUUAACUUGAACCUACUGCGAAAUCAAUAUUUGAAAACUUUUGCUGGAAAUUCCCAAUUGCAUAGAUUUCUGUUGAAAUGACUGGAUUUAGCCCACGAAAAUUAGCCGAACAACAUUAAUGUGAACCACACUAUAAACCCCUGGAUCUAAUCUUUGAUAAAUCUGGUCCCUCAUGUACAAAAAGCAGAACCAGAUUUGACUUUCACCCCCUGCAGCUGCAGUUUUUUUUUUUUGUAACAUUGUUCUUUAGGUGUGUUAGGACCUAUUUUAAGAGAACAUAAUGUUUAAGAGGGUUGCAGACAGAAGCACUGGGCUGUUGAGCAUGUUUUGCUGCAUCCUGUUUCUGCAAAAAAAGUCUCUCUCUUUAUAUAAAUAACGUCUUUUUUUCGUCUCAUUGUGUCGUCAUCUCAGUUAACUUUUGAAAUGUUUCAUGAAUAUUAACAGUGGCAUCAUAUUUUAUAGUCUUCGGUGGUUUCAUUGGGUCUGAUGGUUUGUUUCUGCCUCGGAUGACGUGAGAGUCUGUUCCCAUCAUUCAUUCUCUCUCUCUGGAAGGAGUUUUUAUCUUCUCCUGCCUUAUUCUUGCUCUUGACCACUUGCUGUCCCUUUGAGUGUACAGUGAUACUCUCUUUAAUUUCCUCCCCCUGUAUUUCCAGGCCCUGUGCUCUAAUGGCAAAACAGGUGUUUAUUGGCUUUUUUAAAUGUAGUCUUCAUAACAAGAUAUUAGUUGUGUUUCUUCUGUUUAUAGAAGGAAUUCUUUUUUUCUUUGUUUUUGUUGUUGUUUUUUUGUCACCUUUAAAAAAAA